AUGAGCGAGUCGUUCUCGCCCGCGGAGCUCCUGGACGCGGAGUGGCCGUCGCACCUCCUCGGGGAGAUUCUCGACAACUUGCUCGAGGGCGAUCUCACCGCGAAGGAGGAGGCGCUCGCGCAGCGACGGCUCGCGAAGGGCGCGCGCGAGGACGAGGACGGCGAGAACGCGCGAACGGUCCUGAGCGCGUGUCUGCGAUUCGCCGGUAAGAAACUUCACGGCGGCGACGGAGGACCGGCGCACCAUCACAAGACCGCGUCCGCGCAGGCGUCGAAUUGGUGCGCGUGCGCGUUGGCCGUGACGCGCGAUGCCCCGCCUACCGCGUCGAUAUCUUCGGCGGCGUACGAUACCUUCCGCGGAGCGUUCAUGCGGCACGAGAAUCUCGGCGACGUGAUGCUCGCGACGACGACGAGGGCGGCGGAGAAGGACGGCGGGAGCCGCCGCGUCUCGGCGUUCGUCGCCCUGGCCGCGGCGUCCUCGAGAACGGUCCGCGACGCCGUGGACGCGCUCGCCGGGUGCGUGAGCGCGAUGCCGAUCGAUGACGUGGACGCGUUCGUAGACGGUCUCGACGAACGCGCGGCGAUCGACCUCCUCGAGUGCGCGAUCGCGCGCGAGGAUCAGACGCUCGCGACGAAGACGCUCCCGUGUUUGUUUCGAUCGAAGAGAGAAUGCGCGGCCGCCGCGAUGAGGCUCGCGUCUCGCGGACUGACGCACGACGACGGCGCGUCGUUCACGAGGUGGAGCGAGACGUUGGCGAUAAUCAGCGAGAGCUGCGCCGGCUGGUCUCUCGGCGAAGACGACGAGGCGGCCGUGCUCGACUUGGUUCGGAAACUGCCAUCGCUCGCGAAAGGAAAGCCGCCGAGGGCGACGUCUCGCGUCGUGCGAGCGCUGACGCGCGUCGUGCACGUCUCGUCGUCGUCAUCCUGCCGCGAAGCGUUGAACGCGACCGCGCGCGCGUGCCUCGACGAGAGCGGAACGACCGCGGCGUGCGGCUUAUCCAUCGCGAGCGAGCUCUUGAGGAUGGAAAAGGACGUCUCCGUCGCCGUGGGCGCGUUCGACUCUGGGUUUGAGCACGGGGACGAGUUCGUGACCUGUGUCGCGCACGACCUCGCGUCGGAAGUGGUCGCGAACGCGACGAAGAAGACGGAGAUUACGCGGUGGAAGCGCGGCGUGCUCUCCCGCGCGGCGUCUAUCGCGAACGAAGCGGUAGAGAAGCUCGCGAACGCGGAGGAUGGCGACGCGAGCGCGUUCGCGAAGAGGCUCCCGGCGGUGGCGCGUUUGCAUCUCGCGGAGACGCGGACGACGGCGGACGCCGCCGUGGCGUUCACGCGCGACGUGCUUCAGCUCAUCGACGGGCUCGUCAAGGGCACGCGCGAUGGUUUGAAACAGAAUCGAACGUGCUGCUCGGCUCUUCGGUCGGUCGUGGAGAUUAUGCUCGACGAGUCGGUUCGGUUCCCUUCGAGCGCGGAGAAAUGUCUCGAGACCGUCUCGAAGUCGAACGAAGAGAAGACGACGCCGAGCGAUCUGAAGAGCUACCGCGCGUUUCUUUUGGACGCGCAUCGGGCGAUGCAGAGUGUCGCGAGCGCGUCCGCGGAUUUCAAGCUGAACGACGCGUCCACCGCGACCGCGUGCCGCGUCACGCUGAGCGGCGCCGCGAAGCUGUUGGACCUGAAAGCGGAAGAACUCGCGAGCGAACACCGCGCCCACGUGUUCGAGACCGCGGCGUCGUGCGUCCGGGAGUCGACCUCGCCUUCUAAUUUCCACGCGGAGGAAGAUAACGCGAGCGAGAACGUCGUGACGUGCGCGACGCACGCGAUGACGGCGUGGCGCGAUUGGAGGUCAUCGCGCGUCGCGUCCGCGCAGACGCCGACGGCGUUGCAACUCCUGAGCGCGUGCGUCUCGAUCGCGACCGCCGCCGGGGACGUCAACUCUGCGCAUUCACUCGCGUCUCGCGUCACGAACGAACAGGAGAGAGUCGCCGCCGCGCAGGCGGUCGCGAAGCGCGCGCAGCCCGCGAUGGCGUCGAACUCGUUCACGGCCGCGGGACGGGCGGGGAGGCACUUCCCCGCGUGCGGCGUCGCCGCGAUGUUUUCUCUCGCGCUUCACGAUUUAGUUUCCACGUCUGGGUUGGGGGGCGUUAACGUGGACAUCGCGCGCGGGAUGCUUCGCGUGACGAGGACCCUGAUGCGCGCGAGCGGCAGCGAGCACUCGCGCGACGCCGCGUUCGUCGUGGACUCGUCCAUGAGUCUGCUCAGGGACGCGAUGUUCUACGACCACGUCAUGAAGGCGCCUUCGCUCGCGACGGACGCGACGGAGAUCAUCGUCGAUCAUUACCAACGCGUGGACACCGCGUCCGACCGCGUGAGCUCGCUGGCAGACAUUCUAUUCGACGCGUCGCCGCACCUUGGAAAGGGCAAGCUCCUCGACGCGUGCACCGUGCUCGUGAGCACGAUCGAGAGGGAUCUGAUCGCGCUCGCGAAGACGUACUCGCUCGCGUCUCACUUGGACGUGAUAUCGGACGCGUCGGUCGCGUUGCAGAAGACGUUGGACGCCGCGCUGAAGUUCACAAAAGCGAAAAGCGAUGCCGCGGACGCGAAGAAAGGGAUGCCCGGGUUCCUCGUCCUCGCGGUCAAGACCGCGAGGCUCUGUUUAGACGCGGUCUACGCCCAGCCUCAGGACUCGGACGAGCUCGCGGAGGUGAUAUCCGCGGGCGCGCGGUUGCAAAAGUCGAUCGAACUCUUGAUGCGGCACUCGGUCCUUCCGUCGCACGUGAUGGAAAUCCUGCGCCCGUGGCGCGCGGAGCUGUUCUUCGAGAGCGCGCGGAUGACGGAGCGGCUCUCGCUGGACAAACACGGCCGCCCGACGGAGUCCGUGAAGGGCUUGGACUCGUUCGUCGACAAGGGCAAGGGCGGGGCGUACCUCGAGGAGGUGAUGCACACGCGGGACGAGCUCGCGGCGAGGAUGAGCUGGGCGGACGAGUGGGUCGUCGGCGGCGGCGCCGCGGUCGAGCAAGGCGGCGUCAAGUCGGCGACAGCGCACGCGGACGGCGCCGUGAACGGGACGAAAAACGCGAAGAAGCGUCGGAGGCGAAAACGCGACAGGAACCCAUACGUCGAAGCCCUGAAAGAGGCCGAGGGCAAGCGCGGAGGGACGAGCCGGGAGUACGACGAUCUGGAGGAUUUCAUCGUUUGCAAGCCGGGGAAGAAUUACCGGCGGCUGUUAGGUCUCUGA